AUGUGGACUCAGGCGAAAAUCCCUCUAGGAGCGAUGCGCGUGCUGUCCAGCGACGAAGUCAACGUAAGAAAGUACAAGCUCCCGCUCCAAGCCAAGUGCCGCCGCCCGCAGCAAGACGGAGACGUGGGAAGCAACCAGCAAGCCCCAAGGCGCGGGGCGAAGGCACCCUCCGAGCAAAGAAGCAUUGCAAGCGUUCCCUCGGAUCCUGAGAAUGAUUCCGAGGACGCUGAAGAGUCAGAUGACGAAGGUGAAGGAGUCAUAACGCGUGUUACUCCAGAUGUUGCUCAAGGCUUGACUACCGCUCUUAAUGUGAACGUCAUGUUAGCCCUCCAGCAAAGCCUUUUGACCUCCGUAAAGAUGCUUCGCGAUCACCUAAGGGCAGAAGAGCCCCAUGAUGCAACAUGGCAGAUUGUACUUGAUUCGUAUCGUCUGGCGCUAGCGCAUUGGAAGCCGCAUUACACUCCCGGCGACUCUGUCUUCUUGGACAAAACAGCAAUAUCACAAUCUCUGACUGCUAGUGGCUAUCACGGCGAUUUGCUAAACGUUGUGUCAGCAGCGAAUCUCGUCCUUCUUAUGGACUCCCUACUGAUGGUAGGGGAGGAAAAGGACCCAACCGAAAUCCUGGGACUGCUCCGAGCCCUAGACCAUGAUUUCCCCUGGUGCGUGAUGUCGCCAGAUAGCGCCCAUAUGGAGUCUUACCAGGCAUACGGAACGUUUGAUCGAGCUUUGGAUAUACUGUUCCUCGGCUCAGAAGAUGGGACAGCGCGACAGCUCGACAUGUCCGCACUACCAGGGGUGGAAUUUCAGCCUAUAUAUGACAUCCAGCUGGCCGCGGAUCCGACAAUGGACACCGAGGAGGAUCAGAGAUCCGCAAGGCGAAGUAUCGUUGAGCGCCUUGAGGCUAUUGGGGCUCACAUUGAAGAUGGCGAAGUGGAUAUCGAUGCUAUCCAAGCCAAGUUUCCCAUCGAACCCUUCUUUGACCGUCUGUCUGAAUGGUCAGACAAUCUCUAUAUAUCUGUUAUGGAGACGAUCGAGAAGAUUCCUGCUCGUGCAGCUCCGGUGGAAGAUGUCAUCACUUCUGCUAUAGAACAACAGCUUCAGCGCGAGACAGAAGACCACCCGGGUCCGGCCACGGGGGCUCGUGCUAGUAGGGGCCAGGCCGGGCCUGCUCGUGCGCGCGGUACGGUAGUUGCGGAACCGGACACGGCCCGACACAGCCGUAAACGUCCACGAACGCGGCCUGAACCUGAAAUCGAAGAAGAGCAAGCUUACGCCACAGGCGACGCCCCUUCCAACCAGGUGCUAGGUGAAGACGACGCGACGGAGCCCGAGGAGAGAACCUUCAAGUCGCCCAAACGGCGCAAGCCUCGUGCGGUCCCACCUCAAAGCUCGGGCGCACAUGCUGGCCCUGUCGACGCGUUCAAUGCGCCGUCUCAGAAUCCGCCAACGUCCAUAUCGGAGCUUCUUCCCGAUCGCAGCCGCUCAGACACGCGAGCGGUGAUUGAGCUUAUCGCGCAGCAUGGCAGUUUCUGGGCGAAGAUGGAGCAGAAGAGCGUAUCGAACAAGUUGUUCUCCACCCCGCGCACUCAGCAGCAGAUUCGAGACAAGGCGAGGAAUAUCAAGGUCGACCUUCUCAGGCAUGACAACGUGCUCCCUGCUAGAUUUGACAACGUGCUGCUUGGCGCAAAGGAUCGUCUGGCGCUCCGCAAAGCCGGCAAAACCCAGACCGCACCGAGGCGGAUGUAG